CACUUUUGAUCAUAUGUUUUAAUUUCGUUUGAGCAAGUGCACGUUAGCUGUAGUUGUUGCCGCCAGUGAUAUUAUUCAAUACGUUUGGCACACACAAAGUGUAAUACUCACUACAAAAACUCAAAUGAAGGGUCCAAGGAGUCUCCUGAGCCUGCUGGCAAGUGGAGCACAGCAAAGUCUACGUCACGCUCACGGUCAAAGUUCAGCGAAUAACUUGAAGGCGCUCACAAAACAUUACGAGGAAGUCAGCAUCCCGGUGCCUUGGGGCCACAUUGCAGGCAAAUGGUAUGGCCCAAAGCAUGUUCGUCCCAUUCUGGCCAUGCACGGCUGGCAGGACAAUGCCGGUACCUUCGAUACGCUCGCCCCGCUGCUGCCCAAUCACCUGCCAUUGCUCAGCAUCGAUGCACCUGGGCAUGGACUGUCAUCGUGGUUACCAAAUGGCGUAAUGUAUCACUCCAUUGAUUAUGUGCACAUGAUUCUGCGCAUUAUGGAAGAGUAUAAUUGGGACAAAGUAUCCAUAUUGGGUCACUCGAUGAGCUCGUUCAAUGGCUUUGUGUUCAGUGCCCUGUUCCCCGAUAAAGUGGAUAUGUUCAUUGGCCUCGACAUUCUUAAGCCACCCAUACGCAAUAGUAAACAAAUUGUGGAUGCAUUGUCCGAACGUCUGGAGGGUUCGAUGAAGCUAGAGCGAAGGCUACGCAGCGGUGGCGAACCACCAGCUUAUGAAUGGGAUCAACUGGUGGAACGACUGCAUCAGGGCUCCAACAAGUCGAUCGAUAUGGAGGCAUGCAAGUACCUGUUGCAGCGUAAUGUUAAACCCUCGAGUCAUGAGCCGCACAAGUAUUACUUUUCGCGGGAUAAUCGACUGAAGACCUCUCAGUUCUACACUCUCUCACUUGAAGUUGUGCUGGAGAUGGCUGCACGUAUUAAGGCGCCACAUCUGUUUAUCAAAGCUCUGCAGGCUCCUUACUAUGAGGAUAAGAAAUAUUAUGAUGCCACAAUGGAGGUGCUGCGCAAGAAUCCGCUGUUCGAAUAUCAAGAAGUUGAGGGAUCGCAUCAUGUACAUCUCAAUGAGCCCGAGAAGGUGGCGCAUAUUAUCAAUUCGUUUAUUAACCGAUGUAGACCCUUAUGAGAGUCUGAUAAAUCCUUACUCAACUGCCCUCCCAGCACUGUACAAACUUAACCCUCCCUUAGCUAAGCUAUUGUUUGAUAUUUAAAUGUUUGACUAUUGAUAUUUGUGGCCACAAGACGAACGAAUUUAGAAGAUAAGAGUAAUAAAAACGAAACACAA